AUGAUUUCAACACGGAUUUUUAUAUCAGCGAUUGUGUUAUCUGUAGUUCAAUACAUCACAUGUUUGGACAAAAGUGGCACAACUGUUGGUGCUACCAAACCUAAUAAGGACGCUUAUAUUGGCAUCAAUAAAUCAGAAUCUCCAUCGUACAUCACUUCUUUGGACAAAACUGGCACAACUGUUGGUGCUUCCACUUCUACCAAACCGGAUAAGGACGCGUAUAUUGGCAUCAAUAAAUCAGAAUCUCCAUCGGAAGAAGAGGCAAUGAUGACAGAAGAGAUUCCAGAAAAAAAGUCAAUGACUUCCCGUUUCUGUAAUUUAAUCACAAAGCCCGUUAGUAUAUUUUGGGGGCCUAUACAAGGGGCAUUGUCGAGUUCACUGAAAACCGCCGUGAAAUUAUUUUAA